GGAACAUAUCCCCUUACCAAAAACCUACGUAAGAACCCUUCAUCCUUUUGCCUCAUUUAUGGCCUGUUGAAUCCAUAUAAAGGUCCCUGGUGCCGUAAAAGAUGCUAGUAGGAAGACAACUGUCCUGACAGAAUGAACAUGAUGCAAGUCAUGCAGAGUGUUGUGUGGGCAGUGCUACUCUGGCCCUGUCUGGUGUCCUUGGGUGUCCCUCUGGAGUGUAAGGACGAGCAGGGCAGCAUCAUACUAUGUGCCUCCAUCUCCAAGGAGAAACUACUGGACCGGGUCAUCCAACACGCCGAGCUCAUCUACCGUGUCUCUGAGGAGUCCUGCACUCUGUUUGAGGAGAUGUUUGUCCCUUUCCCUAUGCGCUCCCAGAGGAACCAGGCAGGAUACACAUGCGCCACCAAGGCCUUCCCCAUCCCGGGCUCCAAAAGCGAAAUCCAGCAGAUCUCGGACAAGUGGCUCCUCCACUCUGUCCUAAUUCUGGUCCAGUCCUGGAUUGAGCCAUUGGUGUACCUGCAAACCACCUUGGACCGCUAUGAUGACGCCCCCGACACUCUACUCAAAAAGACCAAAUGGGUGUCAGAAAAACUCCUUAGUUUGGAGCAAGGAGUGGUGGUCCUCAUCAGGAAGAUGCUGGACGAUGACAUACUGACCACCUCCUACUAUGAGCAGGGUGUGGCUCCGUACGCCCUGCAGCCUGAGGUGCUGGAGUCAGUUCUGAGGGACUACACUCUGCUCAGCUGCUUCAAGAAGGACGCCCACAAGAUGGAGACCUUCCUCAAGCUCCUCAAGUGUCGCCAGACUGACAAAUACAGCUGUUUCCUUCAUUAGAAAACAACUAUUCCCACCCCAUUCAAACCCUACUAUUAUAUGGAAUAAAAAAGACACUACCCCUCAACAUGAGACUAGCUUAAAGAAAAUCCUCCCUGCUUCUGGUGCCCACUUAUUUGCCUUAAACACAUAGUGAGGUCGACUGAUAUGACCACUGCCUUAGGGUGUCUUACCUCGUGCCUAGUUCAAUACAGUAUGUCAGCAACUGACUGUUUCCCCAAAAUUUCGUAAGUGUAAUUGUUUGCCAUUUUUUUUUAGAAAAGCUGCAUUUUAUAUUUUCCUCUAUAUUUGUUGUACUUGGCUAGGCGUUGCAGGGCGAUCCCAAAGGAUGAUUUGCAUCUUGCUAUGUAAAAAAAGAGAAAGAAAAUUGCAUAUUUUCCCAUUGAUUUCAAUUUUCUUUGUUCUCAACUGGAGUUUGUAUUCCUCCCUGGUUCUACAUUGUUUUUAUUAUUUCUGUUGCCCCUUGUGUAUUCGGAGAGAUUCUGUUCUUCUAGUUGAGCUGGCUUCACCUCUGCAUUAGUCAAAUGAAACACACUCGGUAGGAGACGGGAGUCAAAGGAAGAGCAGACACUGCAGACAAAGAGAAGGUCUAGAGAUAUUCUGACAGGUAGAGAAGAUAUUUUUUUUUAAAUAGUAUUGAAAGAGGAAUUGGACAGGAGAGUAAACAAAUACAAAUGGUUUGUUGGACAGGAUAUGGAGUAGCAUUAUUUUUAAUUAUGCCCAUACCAGAUAGUGUUUAUCUCAAAUUUACAGAGGUCAGAAUGAGGUGUUAAGUAAGGACUAUUUUUAGAUUGCAAAAUACCUUGAUGAUGCUUGUAACUGGCAAAACCAAAAUAGGAACAUGGACAAUCAAUGUGUCUUUGUUCAUUUAAAUGGAACAUUGCUGGAGGGUUAGCAUGAAACUGUUCCACUGGUCCUAUAGCAAUGCUCAGCAAAGAGUAGAGGUAUCCAUGUACCAUAAACAAAAUAAAAGACAUAACCAUCAGUAACUGAAGAGCUGAAAGAAGGGAAUUUUCUCUGACCUGAAAUAUUGGCUUUGUGAGAAUGCAUUUGGUCAAAAAUAUGGUUCAAUUAACCUUCUUAGCUAUGACAGAGAAGUUAAAGCAAGUAUCUUGGGAAGGAUGAUGAAAUGGAAGAAAGAAAAAAAACAGCCUGACAGACAGGACAGACUAAUUACAAACUUGGACUAAAAGCUCCUGUAUGCAACCCCAAGGCACCAUUUUAAACACAUCUUCUAGAGUUUUUGUAUCCCUAUGGCAACACUGAUGGUCUAUUAUUAAGGGAAACAUUGCAAGGAUGGAAAGGGGUACACUGCCCAACCCGACUGCGUUAUAACCCAUCAUUGCUCCUCCUAAUACUAAAGUAUAUCUGGUUUCAGGGAAAUUACUCACCUUUUCUGCUGUAAGAGCUCAAAGCUUCCCCUACAGUAACUAGGCAAUACGUCAACAUGUUUCCUUUUCUAAUGAAAAACAUGUUCCUUGGAUAUGUCUCAGUUGUAAAAUGAUCUGUAGAUAAUAAUUAUGUGUAUUUCAUGCCAUGUUACCAAAAUACGGCUUUAGUAGAAAAGGCACAGUACGUUUGUGAUAAUCAAUAAAGACAAUAGUUUAUGUUGCA